CUCUCGCGCUCCUCCAUUGAAAACUCUUGAGCAGGCAUCAGACGACUCUUGAAGGCAAUCAUACCGUCAUGCUCGAGAUACACGCCGCUCCACCUCGACUGACGACGCGACUCAAACGCGUUGAGCACAACAGCUGGGGCUGAAGAUGCCUCGAAAAUUGCCCUGGCUGGCUGGAACUGCUGUGAAGAAGGAGACGACACGGGCAGUGCCUCGACCCAGGCCGAAAGCUACAAAUCGAGCGCUAUCACCAGCAGACCUCGUGGGUUCAGACCUCGAGGACCUGGAUCACGAUGGACCAACACGAUCAUCACAGCCCGAGAAUAUGGAGAAGGAGAAGGAGAAGGAGAAGAGAUAUCAUCGUCCACCGUCAUCGUCCCCUCCUCCAGUACCCAAGGAGCCUCCACCAGAUGUCAAGAUGAUACCGGGCUAUGAAGCAGACGAUGCCUGGCUGAUGGUAGAGGACGAGUUCUACUCUACUGCGCAACUCUGGACACAACAUCUCCACCAGCAGGAGUAUGUGCGGCUUAAUAAGCUGCAUAAGUCGCGGGGGCAGGACACUCUGAAUGCUUUGACACGAGGCACCGAUGGCAGAACAGAACAAAGUAGGGAGGUGCAACUGAAGGCACAAGCCGCGGAGAUGGCAAAGAAGAGGAAACGGACAACGGGUGGGGAUAGUGGCAGCGAGGGAGAGGAGGAUGAGGACGACUUCAUGUUCGACCCGCAGCUGGCAGGACUCAUGACGGGCUCGUCGCAGCUGGCUAGUUCGCAGCGGCGACCUAAACUUGCAAUGGAGAGGGCCAGAAAGGCUUUGGCCGAGGAUGGAAGCGAGAGCUCGGAGCCAUUGCCGGAGCUCAAUCUGUCUGACAUUGUAGAAGAGCAGGAGGAAGACGAAGAGACCGACAGCGACGAUCUGGACGCCCCACGUCCUAAAGCGCCAACUAAAGCCCAAGAGAAACUGCUGCGGCCAUUUGCGUCAAGCAGCAGUGGCCCUUCUGAUGUCAAACCGAUCCCAUCCAGGAUAUUUCCACAGGUCGGCCAAUCAUCACACGAGAAGCGCAGGUCCAUCAAGCCAGAGUCUCCGCCAUCUUCACCACCCCCGCGACUGCCUUCACAUAUCCCAAAUCGACAUGGAUCUCCAGUGCGCGAGCGCAUCGUGGCAACAAAGCAGCUGUCGCUCGCAGCAGUGACGGCUGCCUCGCGUGAGAGUGGAAGACCGGCAGCAUCAAUGAAGGACGGCGGUGGCCCUCGAGCUUCUUCGUUCCUUGCAAAGCGCAGAGCACAAAAGGAGAAAGAGGCAGCAGAGGCUAGACAAAGAGCCAUUGAAGAUAUCAUACCAACAUUUCUCAUCUAAAGAUGGCUCUCUACAUCCACUAAUCAAUAUCAUACACAUAGACCUUAGCCCAUGUUACUCUACCACUUUUCCAACAUGGGCCUGAUAUCAAUCUCAUUAGUAAAGCCCCUCUUACUCUGCACAUGCAAACCCCAAUACGCCUCCGCAAUAUCUUCCGCACCAAUUUUCGCCUCGGCCGGUUGAUCCUUCAACCACUCCUUGGUUCGCGGAAUAUCAAUGACUCCAUCGAUAAUCGCAUGAGCGACAUGGACGCCCUUUGGAGCGAAUUCUUUGGCCAAAGAAGUCGAAAGGGCUCGCAUGGCGAAUUUGGGACAUGCGAAACCUGACAUGAGAGCAUUGGCUUUGAUGGAUGCGGUGGCGCCUGUGAAGAUGAGAGUCGGAGGGUAAUUUCCUGACUUGAGGUUGGAGGCUGGAUCUGAGGAGGGGGAGGUUUGGUUGUGAGAGAGGAGGAGGGGGAGGACUUGUUGGGAGAAGAUGAUGGCUCCUUUAACACUAACAUCCCACCCCUCCAUAAAUUCCUCCACCCCCAAUUCCAAAAACGGCUUUCUCACAAAUCUCCCACUCGCAUUAUACACCGCCGCCGCCACAGUCACCUUAUUUUGACUCCCCUCACCACCACCAAACUCUGCCUCUAUCUCCCGAAAUGCCUUUGAAACACUUUCUGCAGAAGAUAAAUCUGUUGCUAUGCCCAUGGCUUUUCCGCCUGCAGAGUUGAUUUCUUCGACAUAUGGUUGGUAGUUUGUGGGAUUUCGGGCUAGAAGCACGACGGGGUAGGAUUGGGCGAAACGUCGGGAUACGGCUGCUCCUGUGCCGGGGCCGACGCCGGCGAUUAUGGCGAUUGCUUUUUUGGUGGUGGUGGUUGUGGAAGACAUUCUGUUUUCG